AGACGGGGGUUUAAGACACCUUGAAUGGGUAAGGUUUCAGAACCUGGCAACCCUCAUGUUCCGUUCGAUUUAAUCUGGCAUCCACAUUCCUGCCUGGCAUCGUCAGUCGACAGCAUCAAAAUGGUUCCUCCCGUGGCAGUAUCGCCGCUCAUAAAGACCGCAAGAUGGUCAGCUCUGUUCGUUGGCAUUUUCUAUGGCAAGCAGAGGUUUGAGUACCUGAAGCCCAUAGCGGCAGAGGAGAGGAAGAUUGAGGAGGCCGAGAAGGCGGCAAGAGAGGAGCAGGAGCGCAUUGCCAAACAACUGGCUGAGGCUAACGAGGAAACUAUUCUGAAGUGAAAUUCCUUUUGCGCCGCACUGUCAUGCUCCUCUUACAAUAAACACUGUUAUUUUCAUGUA